AUGGCAAUGUCAGAGCUUUCUCCAAUGAUUGAAAUGAUUGUAGUUGCAAUUUUAAUUAUAAUAUGCAAAAAUAAACUUGCUGAAAAGUUCAAAGCAGAAGUUGUAUUUAAUUUCAUUACAAGUCGUCCUCCGAAUGUGACUGUAUUCAAGGAAAAGUUAAUCCAUUUCAGUAUUCAACACCCGGAGGAAAAUUUCGCUUUCAGCACUUUCUUAAUGGAGUAUGAGAAGUUGAAGAUCAUGUCAAAAGACAACAAAACUUCAACUCAAACUACAAAGCAUCAUCCUUUAAUGGAAGGAGUGUGA